ACGCACACGCGCACACACACACACACACACACACACACACACACACACACAGGUACAGUACAAGAAGACGAGCAGCGAAACUAUGGAGAAAAGAAAAAUACGUUUGACUCAAGAAUACUUAUAAAGAAGUUCAGUAUAGGCGUACCGGUUCGUUUUUUUUAUAUAUAUUUGUGCUCGAUUGGGUCCUAGGAUCAUCUUAACCGAGUGAGAUCGUUCUCUGGACUUAUUUUGGUGGGGAGCUAAUGUCGAUGGAGGUUCAUGUGUCAUGUGAACGUCUGAAUUAAAACCAUUGUGGAUUCGUGAGAGAAGGUCGUUUUUCAAGAGGUGAAGGCCGGCCGCGGGGGAGGGGGGGGCGGGGGGUCAUGCUAAUGGACCAGGACACUCAAUGGCUGUACCAGUUGCUGGCGGAGGUUCAGCUCGACAAGUACUACCUGCGCGUGCGCGACGGCCUCAACAUCACGCGCCUCGAGCACUUUGCCUACGUCAAGGAGUCGGACCUGGAGACGGUGGGCAUCAGCAAGCCAGCACAGAGACGAUUAUGGGAUGCCCUGAAGCGCCACAAGACGAACACGCGCCCGCGGUCGUGGAUGGCCAAGGUGUUCAGCGGUCGGGCCCCGGACGGCACCGACGGGCCGGGCCCCUCGGCCACAGAGACGGGGGGCCCGGCCCUGCCCUCCCUGAUCCAGGACAGCGAGCUGGCCCUGGGGGAGAAGCUGGGGUCGGGCUCCUUCGGGGUGGUGAGGAAGGCGGACUGGUACACCCCCAACGGGAGGGUGCUACCGGUGGCGGUCAAGUCUCUGAGGAACAGCAAUGCCAGACAGACGGACACGCUGACAGACUUCCUCCAGGAAGUGACCACCAUGCAGACCCUGGACCACCCUAACAUCAUCAGGCUGCACGGAGUGGUCCUGACGCAGCCCCUCAAGAUGGUAACGGAGCUGGCCCCGCUGGGCUCCCUGUACGACACGCUGCGGGCGCGGCAGUACGACUACCCCCUGGCGCGCCUCUGGCUGCUGGCCACGCAGAUCGCCGCCGGCAUGGAGUACCUGGAGGGGCGGCGCUUCAUCCACCGCGACCUGGCCGCCCGCAACAUCAUGCUGGCCGGCCGCGAGACCGCCAAGAUCGGCGACUUCGGCCUGAUGAGGGGCCUGGCCCAAGAGUCGGACCACUACGUGAUGACGGCCCACCGCAGGAUCCCCUUCGCCUGGUGUGCCCCAGAGAGUCUCCGGGUGGGCUCCUUCUCCCACUCCUCUGACGUGUGGAUGUUCGCCGUCACCCUGUGGGAGAUGUUCAUCUACUGCGAGGAGCCCUGGCUCGGCCUGUCGGGCGGCAGGUGUGUGUGUGUGUGUGUGUGUGUGUGUGUGUGUGUGUGUGUGUGUGUGUGUGUGUGUGUGUGUGUGUGUGUGUGUGUGUGUGUGUGUGUGUGUGUGUGUGUGUGUGUGUAUACUGGUGUCUCCAUAGCAACCAACACACAGCUUCCCUGUUGUUGUGCAAUCGCCGACCUUCGAAUGUGUGCAAUGAGUUAGUGCGCUUCUGCAGAUUCUAACGUCUCUUUUAAUGUCUCUAAAAAAAAAUGCUUUUUUCCUUUUUAUUUGUUUCACCUUUUGAAACAUAUAUAAAACGUUCCCUGAAGCACUUCAAGCUAGUAUCCUGCUUGGAA